UGUUGUGGGGGGAGUGGCGGGGAGUUUGAGGUGGACGGUGUCCCCGGGAAAAUGACUCCUCUCCUGGAGCACGAGAGUCAGAUCUUCCUGGAUUUAUUCCAUGAGGACGGGCUGGUGAUCACGGCCAGGGGCCUGGGGGUGGACAGGAUUCUCUUCAACUUCCUCAAGUUAUACAGUGACCCGGGGAACCUGGUGCUGGUGAUCAACACCGCUGUAUCUGAGGAGCAAUACUUUAUUGAACAGCUACGUUCCGAAGGAGUAACCCAUCUUCCUCGCAUCAUUACCAAUGAAGUUUUGAGCAAUGAUCGUUACACAGUGUACACUGAAGGUGGGAUCUUGUUUGUGACCAGCCGUAUUCUUGUUGUUGACCUCUUAACAGAUCGCAUUCCUGCAAAUCUUAUUACAGGUAUUUUGGUAUACAAAGCCCAUCGAAUUGUUGAUUCAUGUCAGGAAGCAUUUAUCCUUCGGCUUUAUCGACAGAAGAACAAAAAGGGUUUUAUCAAGGCUUUCACGGACAAUGCAGUGGCCUUUAGUCUCGGUUUCUGUCGCGUGGAGCGAGUGAUGCGAAACCUGUUUGUUCGAAAGCUGUACCUCUGGCCCAGAUUCCAUAUCGCUGUCGGCUCCUGCCUGGACAGGCACAAACCUGAAGUAAUAGAGUUGCACGUAUCUCUGACACCCUCCAUGCUGGCUAUCCAGACUGCUAUAAUGGACGUGAUGAAUGCAUGCUUGAAGGAACUCAAACGCUACAAUCCAUCUUUGGAUGUUGAGGAACUGUCCCUUGAGAACGCUAUUGGAAAGUCAUUUGACAAGUCCCUCUGUUAUUAUUUGGACCCAGUUUGGCACCAGCUUGGAGCAAAAACCAAGUCCCUGGUGCAAGAUUUGAAGGUUCUCCGCACUCUGUUAGAGUAUCUAACCCAGUAUGACUGCGUUACCUUCCUCAAUCUGCUCGAGUCUCUUCGAGCUACUGAGAGAGCUUUUGGGCAGAAUUCAGGGUGGUUAUUUCUGGAUGCCAGUAACACAAUGUUUGUGAAUGCUCGAGCCAGGGUGUACAAGCGUCCAGACACAAAGCUUAAAACCUCAGCAAAUAUGAUAAACACUGAAUCAAAAGAAACGGACAAGACAGAAAAGGAUCUCGUCCUGGAGCCAAAUCCAAAGUGGGAAGCAUUGAGUGAAGUCCUAACAGAGAUAAAAAGAGAAAAUGAGUCCAGCGAAGCCUCCGGUCAUGUGCUGAUCUGUGCCAGCGAUGAUAGAACCUGUGCCCAGCUGAAGGAAUACAUUACUGUUGGAGCAGAAGACUUGUUAAUGAGACUGUAUAACAAAACCUUCGGGAAGAGCGAAAAGGCAGAGGAUGCUGGGGAAACCUGCAUAAAGGAUAGGAAGCCUGGCAAAACCAAGGCGAGAUCAAAACCUAGCAAUGGGCCAAAGCUGAAGAAAGCAAAAGCAGAGACAGCUAAAAACAGGAGGAAGCCAGAGUUGACUUUGACUCAAAUGGUAGGAAGAGAAAAUGAUGAAGGUUCUGAGAAAUCAAAGGAAGGAGCGGGGGAAGGGGAGAAUGAAGAAAGUGUUAGCCCAGAAACCGGCAACGAGGAAGCUCAAUCAAAGGGUGUGAUUGCAAAACUUCCAACAGAUGCCUGCUAUGGAAUCCUGAAGGAGCCCCUCAUUGUUAUCCAUCCCUUAAAGGGCUGCAGCGAUCCGUACAGCCUUUCCCGUGUACUGCACGAAAUCGAGCCCCGCUACGUCGUACUGUAUGAUGCAGAACUGUCAUUUGUUCGUCAGCUGGAGAUUUACAGAGUGAGCAGGCCUGGCAAGCCUCUCCGAGUUUAUUUUCUAAUAUACGGAGGCUCGACAGAGGAGCAACGUUAUCUGACCAAGCUGAGGAAAGAGAAAACGGCUUUUGAGCUUUUGAUAAGGGAGAAGGCAAUGAUGGUGAUCCCUGAGGAGAGAGAGGGAAGAGAUGAUUUAAACCCAGACCUUGUGCGAAGUGUUGCCCCAGCAACUGCUAUUGCAGACACGAGGAAAGCAGGUGGUCAGACUCAGAAACACGAGCAGCAGCGAAUUAUAGUGGACGUACGGGAGUUCCGCAGUGAGCUGCCUUCCCUAAUACAUCGGCGUGGAAUUGACAUCGAGCCAGUCACCCUGGAGGUUGGUGACUAUAUUCUGACUCCCGAUAUCUGUGUGGAACGUAAGAGUGUGAGCGACCUGAUCGGCUCUUUGAACAAAGGCCGACUGUACACCCAGUGCGUCACCAUGUCCCGGUACUACAAAAGGCCCGUGCUUUUGAUCGAGUUUGACCCCAACAAGCCUUUCUCGCUGAACUUCCGAGGGUUAGCACACCAGGACCUUUCCAUCAAUGACCUUACAUCCAAGCUCACCUUACUCACUCUUCACUUCCCCCGGCUGCGGCUUUUAUGGUGUGCCUCCCCCCACGUUGCCGCUGAAUUGUUCGAGGAGCUGAAGCAGAACCGGCCAGAGCCGGAUGCAGCCGCUGCCGUGGCGGUGAGCGGUGAUUCCGGAAUGGUCUCUGAGUCGGAUAGGUACAACCCCGGCCCACAGGACUUCCUGCUGAAAAUGCCUGGAGUCAAUACCAAAAACAGCCGGGCCCUGAUGAACCAGGUGAAGAGCAUUGCCGAACUGGUGACACUCUCUCAGGAGCGACUAGCAGAGAUCCUGGGGAACACCAACAAUGCCAGGCAGCUCUGGGAGUUCAUUCACUCCUCCUAUUUAGAUUUUACCGUACAGGGAAAGAAUCGAAAGUGAUAUUCAGAGCGGGCAGGGUUUAGUAGACACUUUGAUCUUUCCAGCUGGUAAACUCAGGCAUUCUGAAAAUAGUGUAGAUAUUUUAAAGAGGUGUUGAACUUUAAUUCUAUUAAAGGUAGUGGGCGGCACGGUGGCACAGUGAUUAGCACUGCUGCCUCACAACGCCAGAGACCCGGGUUCAAUUCCCGCCU